AUGAGCAAUAAAACCGAAUCAAUAGAUCAAAAAUCUCAAAAACGAAUUUGUGUCUCGAUUUGCAUUCCGAUAGUUGUUUUCGCUUUUUGCUUCGUUGUUUGGAGGCCCAUUCUGGUUCCUUACUCGUACAAAUUUGUGAACAUAGUUUCUUUCCACAUCAUCAAUGAUAAACAGAAGAGUUUGGACAACGAAUUGCUGCUUGCUCGCAAAGAAUGGAAGUUCUAUCAACUGGAAAGACGUUUUCGCCAACGGUGGUGUAAAGAGACUAACGUCAGGUCUCGAAAAAAUGUAGCCUGGCUAACCGUUAUGGUUAAUAAUGACUUUGUCGUUCCCGCUUUGGUUCUCGGUAAUUCCAUUCGAACAUUUUCUUGUCACACGAAUAUGAUUGCGCUAAUUUCAAAAGAUGUCAGUGAGAAUACGAGAAAGGCGCUUCAGAGCGUCGGCUGGAAGACUCGUUUGGUCGAAGAAAUGCAUUGUGACAGGAUGGAUGCUAAGGUUGGUGGAGAUCGAAAUAGCGGACUUUUCGGAAGACCUCUAGGACACAGAAUUAAGGGAACACACACAAGAUUUCACGCGUGGAACUACACAGACUUUUCCAAAAUGAUUUAUGUUGAUGCUGAUUACAUGCUGAUAUCUAACAUCGACGAACUCUUUGAGAUUCCAGAACACUUUGCCGCCGCCCCUUGCUCCAGACCUGGUGUUUUGGAUCCUUGUUUCAANAGACUCGUUUGGUCGAAGAAAUGCAUUGUGACAGGAUGGAUGCUAAGGUUGGUGGAGAUCGAAAUAGCGGACUUUUCGGAAGACCUCUAGGACACAGAAUUAAGGGAACACACACAAGAUUUCACGCGUGGAACUACACAGACUUUUCCAAAAUGAUUUAUGUUGAUGCUGAUUACAUGCUGAUAUCUAACAUCGACGAACUCUUUGAGAUUCCAGAACACUUUGCCGCCGCCCCUUGCUCCAGACCUGGUGUUUUGGAUCCUUGUUUCAACGCAGGGCUUCUUGUGUUCAAGAGAGAUUUGAAAACCUACCAAGAAAUCAUGAAACAAUGGCGGGAGACAACAGAAAAAGACACCUGCCCAACGGAUCAGGAAUUGCUCAAUGAGUUUUAUGCAGACAGUGGCUGGAAAGAACUUCCGUAUGCAUACAACAUCAGGCGGAUAAUCUUUCGGCCCAUGAUGUCAUUCCACUAUGCCUGCUGUCGACCUCCAAAGCCAUGGACGUCAGAAUGUCGUCCAAGUAGAAAGGAGGCGAGUAAGUUUGACGGUCCCAUCAUAACUGUCGAUGAUAUGACGUUACUUUUCUGGAAAAAUUUCUAUGAACUUAUUCAGCAGUACAACUUAGAAAACUGGUGG